CCGUUGUGUUACUCGAAAUUCACCCUGGAUACCUAUCGGGAAGCUAUCGGAAAAGCAAUCAGUAUAGCUGUACGCAACAACCUACCACCGAUUCAGGGCAAUACACUCAUUGUUUGUUGUUUCCAAGGUGACGGACGCCAAAAAAAGUUGACAAAACAAUUGAAAGCCGCGGGUUUGGGAAAAGAUUUGCGUGCGAUCGGAACGCUUCUGGCUGUCAUGUGUGCACGGAUUUGCCAGAGCAGUACAACAUACGCCUUGUUGAACGAUGAUGAUCGAUGCUAUGCGUCGCUUGAACCCUUGAGUUUGAAGAAGUGUUUGGAUGACUUUAAGGCAAUCGACUAUCACUUUGACACGGUUUAUGUGAUUGGCGAUAUGUGUCAGGCAGUGGCAGAAUUUGUUGCUUUUCAACGUAUUCAAGUCGCUCCGGUUAAUGCUGUUUGGAGCAAUUUGUCAGGGACGAAUUUCUGGACACCCGAAUUCGGGAAGAAGUCAGAUUGGGUCAUUAUGAAUGGUCCCACGGACCAAGUACUGCGAUAUUUAGCUGAAGCAAGUGACCGAAGUUUAGUCGAUCACGUGGAACGAAUCGAUGAACUGUUUGGCCUUACAAAACCUUUCCAAGUUCACUUUCCCGACAAGCCCGUUCCAGAUCAGGAAGAUGCAAUAGACGUCCAGUAUUCCUCGUACUUGUCGCAUUUCAGUUGGCGUUGUUGUCGUAUUUUUAUCUCAUCCACGUUCCGGGAUAUGCACGCUGAACGUGAUCUAAUCUGUGGUCUCGUCAUACCGAGCCUACGUCAGUAUGCAGCCCAAGAACUGCGGGUACAUGUGUUGGACAUCGAUUUACGCUGGGGUGUGCCAGAGUCGAGCACAAGAAGCAGUCAGGCCCUAGAAAUGUGUCUGGAGUAUGCAUCUAAAGCUGAUCUAUUGAUUCUUCUUUUGGGAAAUCGAUAUGGUUGGUCUCCGAAACAAGCUCUGCUGAACACGUUACCCGAUGGCUUUCAUCAAACAUUGGCCAAGUUUUAUGAACCAGGUAUGUCAAUCACUGAGAUAGAAUACAAUAUGGCAAAAUAUGCGGCUCGAUCGCGUGUUCCGCCUGAGAAGAAACGCUUGGGUCCGGAUGCGGAACGUGAGGCUUUACGGUCCCGAGUAUUCGCGUUCACACGUGACCCGGCCUCACUAGAAGGAAUUCCCCAAGAGCAUGCUCUGGAAUUUGACGAGGCAAAUGAGGUGAAACGUAAACGAUUGAUCGCGUUUAAAUCUACUCUACAGAAUGACGGUGUGCUUGUGUUGGAUAACUAUCCGGCUUGGUUCAAUGGACUUAUUGCCAAUCGACCUGUGAUGGGCAAUUUAACUGUUCUUGGCAGUGAGUUAAGUCGGACCCUACGCGAGGCAGUUCAUAGAUUGUAUCAUUUGGAGCAUCCGAAUCCUCUUGCUGAUCAACCGAUGGAACUACCCCACAGAUCUCCUCCUAUAAGUGAAUUUGUACGGAUCUAUAUCGAGCCGGUGGCCUUAGCCAUCGCUCCACGUCAGCUACUCGAUUUGGAGCGUGCGGCCAACGAAAUGAUGGAGCGUGGUAAACAAUGCCAUGCACUUCGGUUGUUGGCUACUCAGGGAACUCAGCCAUCGAGACAGUCACUUCAUCUCAAGGAAACAGUCGACCGUACUAACAGUAGCGCCUCAAAUGGAAACCGCCGCUAUCAUCUCGUGUCCUACCUCGACUUCUGUCCAAGUCUCACCGAAUCCUCCAUCAGCCGAAGCUCUCCUUUGUCCGCGAUGCCCAUUCAAACUAGCCACAUUUAA